AUGGAUUUCUCGCCUCUGGCACCCAGAUCACCACCCAUUGACCCCGAUGAUAAAGUGCUGACAGACGUUCGUCGAGAAUCUGUCUCCACCCAAACUGGUGUAUCGCCGCCCAAGACCCCUCCCAGUGAAAAGCAAUAUGAAAAUAGGGCUCGUGUGGUCUCGCAAGGGGAAUUCGAACCGGAACAACACUUUUAUCCACGCGUACUCAAUGCGCAGAUCCAUCCACUGGUCCAAUCCUUUUUUACCCUGGGAAACGAACGUAUCAUUGCGCGGUAUACCCAUCUCAAUCCACAAGUCAAACCAGAAGAUCUCAAGGAAGUCCUAUCUUAUCAACCUCAGCAUUUUCAUUGGGCAGGUUCCGAUUUGUUUAAUGUAACGACCGCUUCUGGUCAACGGCAAAUGAUCGUCAUUGAAACAAACUCCUGCCCAUCUGGUCAGAAGUCCAUGCCGCUUCUGUCUGAAACCGAUGAACAUAAUGAACAAGGUGGUUAUCGCCAGGUGAUCCAAUCUGCGUUUCAAGAACAACUUUCCAAAGCCGACCCAAAUCUUGGCGGGCUCGCUGUGGUGUGUGAUAAAAACAUGAUGGAAAGCAGUGGAUACGCGGCGGUGUUGGCGGACAUCGCCAAAGAAGACGUGUGGUUGGUCGAAUGGCAUGUUGGUGAUCCAGACCCCAGCGUUAAGUUUGUCGACCGUGUUCUGUACAUUCGAGAUGAAGAGAAAGUUUGGCAUCCUAUUCGAGCUUGUUUCCGAUAUCUGACACAAAAGCCAUGGAAUCGAUUUCCACUUCAGACUAGAACGGUUGUCAUGAAUCAGAUCAUCAGUUGCUUGGCAGGAGGUCGAAACAAAAUGAUGGCGGCCAGAGCGUAUGAUUUUUACAAUUCGGAACUGGUGGAUACGGGAUUGAAUAUUCGUACUCCAGAAACGAUCAACAACGUUACACGUGGGGAGAUCCCGCUUUGGAUGCAUUCCAUGGGUGGUCAUGCUGUACUCAAAGUGCCUUACAGCAAUGCAGGUCAAGGCGUUUACACGAUCACGAAUGAAACUGAACUGGGCAACUUUUUGGAACAAGACCAUCAUUAUGACAAGUUUAUCGUCCAAUCGCUUGUAGGCAACGCAUCAUGGUCCAGUCAAACUCGUGCAGGCAAAUUUUAUCACGUCGGUACCAUUCCCAAUAAGAAGAGCAAUACCUUUGUCAGUGAUCUGCGAAUGAUGGUAACAGGAGAAACAUGGGAUAUGCUUGGCACCAAUUUGUCUAUCAAAUUACCCGAUGGUAGCUGGACAACCGAUACGUCACGGUUAAUUCUGAUGGAUCGAAAGGAUUUCAAUCAGUUGGGACUUGGUAUUGAUGAUCUAAUCGAUGCUUACAUCCAAACGGUCUUGGCCGUGAUUGCGAUCGAUCGAAUGUCAGCAAGGUUGAUGGCCAACGGCAAAUUCGAUUAUCAGCUCUUCCGAAGUUUAAAUCCUGAUAAUGCUCUGUUACGAGAAAUUCAAGAGGCCAAUGAAGAUUUUUAA